GCUUUGAGAGCUUCUCCCUUGUUUGCAGCGUUGCUAAGUGCUAACACCCUUCUCUCUCCCCUCCUGUCUGCUCUUCCUGUCGGUGCCCACUGCUGCUGUUCAGCUGAUACAGUCUUAAGCUCAGUUACUGCCGCCGGUUUCCAGCAAAGGCUCUCGCAGCGCACUUGUGCCUGAACCUUCAGGCCUGUGGCAGGAGAGUGUGGGGAAGCAGCACAAGAAGAAACAGUGGAAUCAGAGGGGAAGCAAAGCUCCAAGAGGGGGAGCCGUCUUCAGCCCGCUCCCAGCAGCCUCGCUCGCGGUCGUCCGCCGCUCGAUCGAGCUCGCAACCGGCGGCCAGCCUCCUCCUCCUUUGGCAAGAAGGAUUUCCACCUUUUUUUUUCUUUUUGCAAAAGAGCCUUUUUUCCCCUCCUUUUCUUCCGUUUGCUUCCCCCAACAAGCUGGGAGCUAGCUAGCGGCCAACAAGCCGAGUUCCGAGCCAGCAGGCUGUAGACCUUGGCAGCAAGCGCGCGAUCUCUCUCUCUCUCUCACUCUUUCUCUAGGCAUGCCUUCGGCGGCAUUACACCUUGGCACGUCGGUGGAGGCCGGCGGCGGCUUCCAAGGCACCGGUGCCAUGGCGCCGUCCGCGCGCCUCCUCACCCCCAAAGGCGCCGGCGCUGCGGCCGGGCCCGCGCAGGCGCAGAGUCGUCGGGAGGAAACGGCCAACGGCGGGGGCGCUGGCCCUGACCUUGCCGCACUCCGGCCCACCACCACCACCAACAGGCCGCGCGGGAAAGCCCAGGCCGGGAAGCCCAGCAGGCGGGCGCCGAUCUGGAACCUGAAGGCCGCCGUCUUCGCCUCCGUCGUCCUCAACGUAGGCCUCCUCGUCCAGCACUACGUCAGUAGCACGGCUCCGUCGCACCACCACCACCGCCAGGGGCAUCAGGCCUGCCCGAUGCAUCUAGAUGCUGGCGCCAGCCGCGACAGAAGGGGGAGGCAGGAGGAUCCGCUGUCCGUGCCCAAGGCCGGGGCGCCGUCGACGGGCAAGCCGGCGGUGACGCCGGACUCGGUGAUCAAUCUCGAUCACGGCGACCCAACCAUGUUCGAGGAGUUCUGGCGGGGGACGGGGGCCGCCGCCGAGAUCGUCAUCCCGGGGUGGCAGACCAUGAGCUACUUCUCCGACGUGGGCAACGUGUGCUGGUUCCUGGAGCCGGGCCUGGACCAGGAGGUGCGGCGGGUGCACCGGCUGGUCGGCAACGCCGCCGUGGACGGGUACCACGUCGUCGUCGGCACCGGCUCCACGCAGCUCUUCAUGGCCGCGCUGUACGCGCUGUCGCCGCCCGCGGGAGCCGGCGCCGGCGCUGCGCCCAUGAGCGUGGUGUCCACGGCGCCCUACUACUCGUCCUACCCUGCCGUCACGGAUUUCCUCCGGUCGGGGCUCUUCCGCUGGGCCGGCGACGCCAGCUCGUUCAGGGGCGACACCUACAUCGAGCUGGUGUGCUCGCCGAACAACCCCGACGGCGCCAUCCGCGAGGCCGUCCUGUCCUCCGCCGGCUCCGGCGUGGCGGUCCACGACCUGGCGUACUACUGGCCGCAGUACACAGCCAUCACCAAACGGGCCGACCACGACGUCAUGCUCUUCACCGUGUCCAAGAGCACAGGCCACGCCGGGACGCGGAUCGGGUGGGCGCUGGUGAAGGACCGCGACGUCGCGAGGAAGAUGGCCAAGUUCAUCGAGCUCAACACGAUCGGCGUCUCCAAGGACUCGCAGCUGCGCGCCGCCAAGGUCCUCAGGGCGGUCUCCGACGCCUACGAGCUCCCGGAGGCGGGAGAUGCCCGCCGCCGCCGCCUGUUCGACUACGGCCGGCGCAAGAUGGUGGAGCGCUGGCGCAUGCUGCGUGGAGCGGCCGCCGCCUCCGGCAUCUUCAGCCUGUCCGAGGAGACCUCGGCCUUGUGCAACUUCACCAAAGAGAUGGCGGUCACUAACCCUGCGUUCGCGUGGCUGCGCUGCGACAGGGAGGACGUGGAGGACUGCGCGGGCUUCCUGCGCGCCCACAGGAUACUGACGCGGAGCGGGGACCAGUUCGGAGCGGACCCGAGGUACGUCCGGGUCAGCAUGCUCGACAGGGACGACGCCUACGACAUAUUUGUGAAGCGUCUCUCGUCUCUGCGAUGAAGACGG